AAAGAAUCAUGGCUUCGGCACAAACUGCAUCAGGAGCUAGUCCAAAAUCUGCACGAGAAAACUUUAUUCCUCCUGCAACAUCACAUAAGACCAUACCAACAUCACUUUUAUUCGUUCAUCGAUCAUUACCAUUUCAUAUCCCCAUUUUCCCACUUCACCAUCAACUAUUAAUCCGAAACUUCAGAAACUGAAUGAUGUUAAAAUUGUUUCUCGAAAUCAACUCCUCGGCGGUAGACAAUCACGUCAAUCACUCUUCAGAAGAUGAAGUGCAGCAAUAUGAGAAACAAGGAGAUGUUGGUAACAUAUUUAUGAUACUCUUCAAUUUGGUACAUAAGGUACAAAUCGACUACAUUUGUCUACUGAAACUUUGUCUGUUUGAUUUUCUUUUUCUAAUGUCGUUUCUGAAUUUGAUUUUGCUUCACUUGCUUCUAUAUGAUAAUUUUCUAAGGCACAAAUCGACUAUGUUCUUCAAAUUCCUGGAUAUAUUAUGCGAAACUCAACAAAUGAUUUCCAAUGCUGUGGCAGGUUGCGUAGGGCAAAGAUAUUUGAUUAACGAGCGUGAUAGAAUCACUGGAAAGGUUGAAAUCGUACGUCAGAAUUGAUUUGGAUAAUGUGACCGCGUCCUGCUUACACUCUGGGAAGAUGGCGAGGUUCUAAAAACAUCAUCUGAAGUUGGGUAAUACUUUAGCUUUUCAGCUUAUUGAAACCGAGAAUGAUUUGAUGGAAGAAAGGGACUGACUGAAACAAUGGAAUUUGAGCAAGCACACUUAAUCGAAGAGUUGAAUAUUCUGUGGAAGGAGAGUUCACAGUAUGUAUAAUUACUGAUGAAUGGAGAAUUCGUAUCAGCAUGAAAAUUUAUGUGAACCUUCAUAGAGGGACCAACAAAUUAAGAAUCCAGCUCUAUUUGAUUGUAUCCUGGCUGCGGAAGACAAUGUUGCAGGUUUUUUCAUCAAUGUAAGUGAGAAUGGACUUGAGGAUGCUAAAACAUUGAUUAGGUUAAACUGGAGACAGCUAAAACAAUUAUGGACUUGCAAGAUAACUUCACCACACUACAACAGGAACUCCAGGAGAGAUUAUGUCAUACUGCGGAACCAAGUAUGUGAUUGGGAAAUAGUAUAGCUAGCAGAGAAUAGGAAAUAAAGGCAUUGACUGAGAAAACGAAGAAAGAUGCAUACAUAAAGAGUGAAAUCUUGGAACUAACACCCUGCAUUGCAGAUGGUUGUAGAUCCCUUGAGGAUGCUUACCGAUCAGGUAAUGGAAAGAGAGUGAAGUUUGGAGUACUGGGCAUGUUAAGAUGGUUGGAAAAUGUUCAGUUCAUAGAAGCUAUCAAGAAAUCUGAAGAAUAAUGGAACAACACAAGCUAGGAACUUGAAAUCAAAAGGGAUUAACAGACAUCAAAAUGUAAAAAAUAAAUAAAAAAGUCACGAAUAUAUACAAAUAUAUGUUUAUUUUGCGGUAUGUAUCCAUACUUUUUUAAUGAAAAUCGACCAAUAUGAUA